AUGGCGGCGGCUCGGAAGCCGGUGCUGCUCGGCCUUCGAGACGCUGCGGUGCGCGGCCGCCCCACGGGCCCGAGCGCCUGGACUGCUAGCAAGCUGGGCGGCGUCCCGGACGCCCUGCCCGCCGUGGCGGCGCCGAGGCCGGUGUGCGAUCGUUGCGGGCAGCCGCUUGCCCUGGUGGUGCAGGUCUACUGCCCUUUGGGAGGCUCCCCGUUCCAUCGGCAACUGCACGUGUUCGCUUGCCCCCAGCCCGGGUGCAGCAGCGGCGGGACGCACAGCUGGAAAGUGUUCCGCUCCCAGUGUCUGCAGAUGCGAGAGAAAGAGGCGCAGGACACGCAGAAACAGGAAAAUGGCCUGAGAGCCAAAGACUGGUGUGAAGGUGCAGAUGACUGGGGAAGUGACAGUGAGGAGGCGUCCCUGUCACAGCUUUCCCGGGACUCUGGAAGUGACUCCAGCCGUGCCAGAGAUGCAGACUGGACUGUCCGGCUCCAAGACCUUCACCUGCAGGAUGCUGUCCCGGCAGCUGCUCCUGUGUCUCCUGGGGGAAAGACAGCCUUGACCUCUGUGGUACCGCGGUUCCUGCCCCACUACAUUUGUGUGGUAGACGAGGAUGAUUAUGGCGACUUUGGCGGUCUCGAUCAUGCCCACAGCCUUCUACAGGAAUAUCAGCAGCGGGAAGGAAUUGACAUGGAACAGCUGUCCCAGGGUUUUUCUAGUGAUGGUAGUGAAAAAUAUGAGAAGACCGUAAUUAAAAGUGGAGACAAGAUAUUUUACAAAUUCAUGAAGAGAAUUGCUGCUUGUCAGGAGCAGAUUUUAAGGUACUCCUGGAGUGGGGAGCCCCUUUUUUUGCAGUGCCCGCCGUUGGAUGCCACAGACCCCCCAGCCUGCGGUCACUGCGGAGGCGGGCGGAUAUUUGAGUUUCAGCUGAUGCCGGCCCUGGUCAGCAUGCUCAGAAGUGCUGACUUAGGUCUUUUUGUGGAAUUCGGAACAGUUCUGAUCUACACAUGCGAGAAGAGUUGUUGGCCUCAAAACCACCAGACUCCCUUAGAAGAAUUUUGUAUUAUACAGGAAGACCCAGAUGAACCAUUAUUUAAGUAGUGCUU